AUGAAUUCAGCAAAAAUUGAUGGAGCAACUGUUAUUUGUAAGGGUUUUUGGAUUUGAAAAUUUGAUGAAUUUUGCGAUUUUCAAUUUUUUUCACCCGGAAAUUGUAACAAGAUAUCUGACAAGGGAAGUGUGUGAGCAGUCUACGGAGAUUUUCAGUGUUCAAGAAAUGAAUGUCAUUCUGAAAAUAUGUGUUUUCAGCUCAUCUUAUGGCUCAAAUGAUCCACUCAACAGUGACAUUCCAAAAAGCGAAACUGUUUGCUGAAUGACUGGUAAGGCACCUAUAAAAAUUAUAUUUAUUUCGAAUUUAUAAUAAACUUGAUUUUUUUUCAGAUCUACUUGCAUCGAUUCAAACUGUUGCUGAUGUUGAUUGCUGUCAAGAAUUUGAGCGGACCAAAAAAUAAGGUAUUCAGAAUUUUGAAGAAGUUAAAGAGAAUUCUAGAAUCCCUUGAAAAAUAUGAACGAAAAACGAAUUACUUGAAAUUCUGAAAUAUCCCUUUUGAAACUGAUAAAACUUCUGUUUUUCUUGAUUUUUGCUGAAAAUCUUGAAAAAUUGUGGAUUUUAUCAGUUACAAAAUGGAAUUUCAGUGGAGAUGCGGAAGCUAUGCCCAAAUUUUGAAUUUUUCUUGAAAAACUUUGAAUUUUCCAAUAAUAAAUUAAUUGAACCUUUUUUUCAGAACAAUAUCAACAUUUCAAAGUGUUCGAUCAACAAUUUAAUGCUAUUGUUCAAGAAUUGAUCUGGUUGUUGGUAAGUUUUUUAGUUUUUAUGAAAAUUGACAUGAAAUUCUGGAAUUGUAAUUUGAAACUGAUAAAAAAUUAUUUUUCUUGAUUUUUUAAAUUGAAAAUCAUGAAAAAUGGUUGAUUUUAUCAGUUUCAAAUUGGAAUUUCAGCGGAGAUGCGGAAGCUAUGCCCAAAUUUUGAAUUUUUAAUGAAAAACUUUGAAUUUUGAAAAAUAAUGCAGAAAUUCACGAAAUAAAAAAACGUUUUUUUAACGAGAAAAUGGUAAAAAAAUGAAUAAAAAUACCGUUCGUGAAUUACUUUUUUGGUUGUUUAACUUUAAAAAAACGUUUUUUAAUUUCGUGAAUUACUGCAUAAAUUAUAUGAACCUUUUUUUCAGAUCAAUAUCAACAAUUCGAAAAGAUCGAGCAACAAUUCAAAGUGGAUGAGCAAGAUUUGAUCUCGAUGUUGGUAAGUUUUUGAAUUUUUAUAAAAAUUGGCAUGAAUUUCUGGAAUUGUAAUUUGAAACUGAUAAAUAAUUAUUUUUCUUGAUUUUUUUAAAUUGAAAAUCUUGAAAAAUAGUUGAUUUUAUCAGUUCCAAAUUGGAAUUUCAGUGGAGAUGCGGAAGCUAUGCCCAAUUUUUGAAUUUUUAAUGAAAAACUUUGAAUUUUCCAAUAAUAAAUUAAUUGAACCUUUUUUUAGAUCAAUAUCAACACUUCGAAAAAGAUCGAUCAACAAUUCAAACUAUUGUUCAAGAUUUGAUCUCGUUGUUGGUAAGUUUUUGAAUUUUUAUGAAAACUGGCAUGAAUUUCUGGAAUUGUAAUUUGAAACUGAUAAAACUUCUGUUUUUCUUGAUUUUUGCUGAAAAUCUUGAAAAAUGGUUGAUUUUAUCAGCUUCAAAUUGGAGUUUCAGCGGGAAGCUAUGCUCAAUUUUUGAAUUUUUAGAGAAAAACUUUGAAUUUUCCAAUAAUAAAUUAAUUGAACCUUUUUUUCAGAACAAUAUCAACAUUUCAAAGUGUUCGAUCAACAAUUUAAUGCUAUUGUUCAAGAUUUGAUCUCGUUGUUGGUAAGUUUUUGAAUUUUUAUGAAAACUGGCAUGAAUUUCUGGAAUUGUAAUUUGAAACUGAUAAAACUUCUGUUUUUCUUGAUUUUUGCUGAAAAUCUUGAAAAAUGGUUGAUUUUAUCAGCUUCAAAUUGGAGUUUCAGCGGGAAGCUAUGCUCAAUUUUUGAAUUUUUAGAGAAAAACUUUGAAUUUUCCAAUAAUAAAUUAAUUGAACCUUUUUUUCAGAUCAACAUCAACAAUUCAAAGUGGAUCCAAUUUUUCGAGCAACGUUCUUCCAGAUUUGAUUUUGCAAUCGGUAAGUAUUGAAAAAUGCCAUGAAAUACUGGAAUUGUAAUUUGAAACUGAUAAAUAAUUAUUUUUCUUGAUUUUUUAAAUUGAAAAUCUUGAAAUAUGGUUGAUUUUAUCAGUUCCAAAUUGGAAUUUCAGCGGAGAUGCGGAAGCUAUGCCCAAUUUUUGAAUUUUUAGAGAAAAACUUUUAAUUUUUGAAAAAAAAAGUUAUGAUACAAUUGAAAAAUAUUUUUUUGUAUGAAAUGAAAGAGAUAUUUCUCAGAGAUUCACUGGCUAGCUCACCACCAGGCUGGCUGACCUGCAGGAAACCGCAUAGAAACCAUGUCGCCCGGUUUUUUUCGCUGGCGAGAUUGGCAGGCUCUAGUUAGGUCAAGGCCACUUCGCCUCCAGACCUCGGCCAAAGUCGUGGUUCUCAAUAGUCCAAAAAAUUGUACACUAACUUUUUCAGUGUAAAAACUGUAAAUGUUCAGUUUUUGGACCUCUGAAAUUGUCAAGUUUAGAUUUUUCAAAAAUGUUACUCUGGCCCAGAUCUGGUGGCGAGCUGGCCAGUGAAUCUCUGAGUCCACGUGAACUUUAUUUGUUCAAAAAAAAUUGUAAUGAAUUUUUUCAAAUUAAAAUCAACAAUUCAAAAUGAAUCGAGUUCUUUGAGCAAAGUUAUUCCAACAAAUUUGAUCUUGAAAUCGGUAAGUAUUGAAAAAUAACAUGAAAUUCUGAAAUAUCCCUUUUGAAACUGAUAAAACUUCUAUUUUUCUUGAUUUUCUUUGUGAAAAAUUGGAAAAAUAUUUGAUUUUAUCAGUUACAAAAUGGAAUUUCAGCGGAGAUGCGGAAGCUAUGCCCGAUUUUUGAAUUUUUAGAGAAAUACUUUGAGUUUUCCAGUAAUAAAUUAAUUGAACCUUUUUUUCAGAACAAUAUCAACAAUUCAAAGUGGAUGAGCAAGAAUUGAUCUCGAUGUUGGUAAGUUUUGAAUUUUUAUGAAAAUUGGCAUGAAUUUCUGGAAUUGUAAUUUGAAACUGAUAAAUAAUUAUUUUUCUUGAUUUUUUUAAUUGAAAAUCUUGAAAAAUGGUUGAUUUUAUCACUUUCAAAAUGGAAUUUCAGCGGAUAUGCGGAAGCUAUGCCCAAAUUUUGAUUUUUUAGAGAAAAACUUUGAAUUUUUGAAAAAAAAGUUAUGAUACAAUUGAAAAAUAAUUUGUUUUUGUACUUAUGAAAUGAAAGAGAAUAAUAUUCACGUUAAGAAGAUUUUUAACAAAAAUUUUCUAAAAAUAAUAAAAAAUGAUUUUGGAAUGAAAGCGAAAAAUUUUUCCACGAUUUUUUUUUUGAAAAAAAUAUGAGAAUUUCUGAAAUAUCCCUUUUGAAACUGAUAAAACUUUUAUUUUUCUUGAUUUUUUAAAUUGAAAAUCUUGAAAAAUUGUUGAUUUUAUCAGUUCCAAAUUGGAAAUUCAGCGGAGAUGCGGAAGCUAUGCCCAAUUUUUGAAUUUUUGUCGAAUAAAAUGGAUUUUUCAGAACGAUUCCUGUCAAUUCACCAAGGAUAUUCAGCAAUUUGGAACUUCAUCAUCGUCUUCGAAGCUUCCAAAAUCUCAUUUACUGUAUCUAGUUGUAUUAUGUUUGUUUUUUUCCUACUUUUUGCUUAAAAGCCAAAAAGUAGAAAAUCACCCUUUUUCUCUACAAGUCAUUGCAUAA